ACUAUGCCCGUAACAAAAAACUGCUAAUUGCACUCUUCACCAGAUUUCAAAAGACAGUUGGGGGAGCGUCUUUCGGUAAAGAAGAGAGAGAAAGAGGCGGCGGUUUUUGGUGAAGAAGGAGAAGAAGUCGAGUAGGGGAAGAGUCUGUUUUUUGGUAAGGAAGAAGAAAGAGGCUGCGAUUUUUGGAAAAAAGGGUUUGCGUCGGGGAAGAGGUUGCAUACAGUGAGGAAAAAGAAGGGGUUUCGAUUCUUGAAAAAGGAUCUGUGCUUUUGGUGAGGAAGAGGAAAGUGAAGAGGCGGCAGCUAGGUAUUUGUUUUGGGAAUAGAAGAAUGAGGGAGGGUAUAAUUGUAAAUUUAGGUAUUUAGUUGGGUAGCAUUCUGUGCUCAGAACCAGUUGUUGCCGCCAUAGGAACUCCUGCUGUCUAGGUUAAUUUGCCGCCGCAGUUGCGAUGGGAGGCUCUCGGCUUCAAGUUAACAAAGCCCACAAGACACGCUUCUCAUCUAAAUCAACCCGCAACCUCCACAAAAUCUCUCUCAAAGAUAAGGCGCGAGCUGGGAAACUAGAGAACAAUGUUGCCAAGGGUGCUCGGGCUGCCCGAAUUCAGCGCUGCAAGAUGCUGCGGGAGCAGAAACGUGCAGCUGUUCUCAAAGAGAAAAGGGCUUCGAGUGGAUCAACAAGCCCACCCCGUGUAAUUGUGCUUUUCGGCCUUUCUGCUUCUGCGAACCUGAAGUCGCUGACUGAAGAUCUAUUGAAUGUAUUAUCUCCAGAAGGUAGUGGUGCUGCAUCUUCAACAGUUGUUUCUUCUGAGUACAAACUAAGAGCAACAGUAUUGCAAGCACCACAUGGAGAUUUACUCACAUGUAUGGAAAUGGCAAAGGUUGCUGAUUUAAUUGCAUUUGUGGCAUCUGCAAACUCUUCAUGUGAAGAAAGUACCUCUGACUAUAUUGAUUCAUUUGGAAGUCAAUGUCUUUCUGUGUUUAGAUCAAUUGGUUUGCCAAGCACCACUGUAUUGAUCCGUGAUUUACCAACUGAGCUGAAGAAAAGAAAUGAUUUGAAGAAGAUUUGUAUCUCGGAUCUUGCUUCUGAGUUUCCUGAGGAUUGUAGGUUCUAUCCAGCGGAUACAAGGGACGAAUUGCAUAAGUUCAUGUGGCUUUUUAAGGAGCAACGUCUCACAGUGCCUCAUUGGCGAAAUCAACGACCAUAUCUUAUGGCUCAAAAGGUUGAUAUGGUAGUGGAUGACUAUGGUUCGGGAAAAUGCAAUCUUCUUCUCACAGGUUACUUGCGCUCUCGUUGCCUAUCUGUAAAUCAGCUGGUUCAUGUCCGCGGUGCAGGAGAUUUCCAAAUGUGCAAAAUGGAAAUUUUGAAGGAUCCAUUCCCUCUAAAUGUGAGAAAACAACAGGAUGCCAUGGAGUCUGAUGAUAUCCAUGCUGCAGAGGUUAUUCGUAUGCUGGUUCCUGAUCCAAUAAAGCAGGAGCCUCUUCUUGUCGAGAAUGUUCCAGAUCCUCUUGCUGGAGAACAGACUUGGCCAACAGAGGCAGAAAUGGUAGAGGCUGAUAGAGAUCGAAAAGAAAAAAGACAGAGAAAGAGAGCUCUUCCUCGAGGCACUUCAGAAUACCAGGCUGCUUGGAUAGUGGAUGAUACAGAUGAAAGGAGCUCGGAUAGUGAUGAUAAUAAUGAUGAUGGUAUGGUAUUGGAUGAAAAUGAAAGAGGCAUUGCUAAUCAAGAACAUAUGCAUGAACCAGAUUUUGAAGAUGACCAAGCAUCCUUGAACUUUCGAGAGUCUGAUGAAGAAACAGAAAAUAAUUCAGUGAUGAUGGAGAGUGAGAACUUGACAAGGGAACAGAUAGAGGAUGAUAUUAAAAAAAUUAAAGAGGCACAUGCCGAAGAUGAAGAAUUUCCAGAUGAAGUGGAUACUCCUCUAGAUAUUCCUGCCAGAAAGCGUUUUGCCAAGUACAGAGGUCUCAAGUCCUUUAGAACCUCCUCCUGGGACCCGAAAGAAUCUCUGCCACCAGAGUAUGCCAGAAUAUUUGCUUUUGACAACUUCAAUAGAACACAGAAGCAUGUACUUGCCCAAGCGUUAGAAAUGGAGCAAGGGAACAGGGAUGAUUGUGUACCGGCUAGUUCCUAUGUGAGGCUUCAUGUCAAGGAUAUACCUCUUGAUCUUGCUUCCAAAUUGUGUGUCCUUGCAAAGACAUCACCAGUAGUAGCAUGUGGUCUUUUGCAGCAUGAGUCCAAAAUGUCUGUCCUUCAUUUUAGCAUAAAGAAGCAUGAUAUGUAUGAUGCUCCCAUUAAAACCAAAGAAGAAUUAAUAUUUCAUGUUGGUUUUCGCCAAUUUGUUGCUAGGCCAGUAUUUUCUACCGACAACAUCAACUCAGACAAGCAUAAAAUGGAGAGGUUUCUUCAUGCAGGGCGUUUUUGCAUGGCUUCAAUUUACGCUCCUAUUUCAUUUCCACCUGUUCCUUUGAUAGCCUUGAAGAGAGUGGAAGGAGCUGUUGCACCUGCAGUUGCUGCUGUUGGCUCCUUGAGAAGCAUUGACCCAGACAGAAUAAUUCUGAAGAAGAUUAUUUUAACUGGGAGGAAAUUUGUCAAAAUUACUCAUCUUUUCUUAUUUUUUGCAGGGGCAAUGAAAUGCAUUUUGAAUGGGGUCCUUCAGCAGCACGACACUGUUUGCAUGAGCUUAUACAAGCGAGCAUAUCCCAAGUGGCCAGAACAUUUCUUCCCACUGAUUGAUGCUUGAGUAUCAGUUUAUGCAUAAUCUUGUAUUUGCAGAAUUUGGAAACUGAAGGGCAUGGUUUGUUGUUUCAUGGGAAUGAAGCUUUGGUUCAGAUUUGUUGAUUCUAACUAGUGUUUUGCAGUUGUAAGCUGCAUGCAACAGUGAUACAUAUAUGUUUAUUGUUUUGUUUUAUUCCAACCCUCCUCAUAGUUGGAGCUUGUAAGCUACAUGGCAGAAUAUCCUCUAUUAUUUUGCUUUACUCCCCCAGAUAUUCCUCACCUUCCUCCCCUUCAUUUGAUAGUUGGAGAGGGAAAAUUUUUGUAGAGUAAGCUUGCUGGAACUUUUUUACUCAUGAUUUUAUUGAUAAUCUCAUCUGUAA